UGUUUAAAAAAAUUAUAUAAUUUUACUGUUUUCUUUUAUCUCUGGGUAUUAAAAAUUUUAUUACAAACUCAGAAUUGUUGAUAACUUUUAAAGUUCUGCAUAAUUUAAAAGAAAAUUUUUUUUAUUUAAGUUAAAAACAACGAAUAGUGCUUUAUACAUUUGAGUGAAUAUAAAAAUUAUUUCCAAAUCUCAUUUAAUAUAUUAUUUACAUCACAUUAAUUGAAAAAUUAUAAUAUUUCAAAUUCAAAAUUUAAUCUACAGAAUUCUAUUUGUUCCAUAAAGAAAAUUUCAUUUCCGGACGAAAAUUAUUUAAAAUUAUUAAAAUUACUAUUUAUAUGAAAUAAUUUCGGCAUCUAUAUAGAAAUAAUCAUUUAGUAUUAAAAAAUGAUUUAUAUCUGUAUUUUACUUUGUGCAUUUAUUGCUCCAUUCUCAUACACUUUUGGUAAUGAAAUAUCAUCAGAAAUAACUGAACCACCUCCAGUAGAAGUAUCUAUUGAAGAUUCCAUUCGUAAAAAAGGAUCUAAUGAAAUAUCAAUUCAUGUUACUCUUAAUAACACUGAAAGAGAAUUCAUUUUACAAACUGUCGAUAAUUUUGCUGGUAAAAAUACAAAAGUUUGGAUAGCUAAAAAAGUGAACGAUAAAUUUGUAUACACUCUACAAGAAGAUUUUAUGAGAAAAUCAAAUAUUACCUUCUUUUACAAUAAUCAAACCGAAUCUGAAGUAUUUCAGACAGUAAGUGAAAACGGAGAAACACAAUUUAAUAGCGUUGUUAAUUAUGAUCAAGUUGAUAAUGAACCAAUCAAUGUAUCAAAUUUAACAACGGUGUAUCCAGAAAUUUUAGUCUAUGUUGAUAAAACACUUUUUCGACACUUUGAUUAUGAUAUUGAAAAAACUGUAAUUUAUACACUAACUCUUUGGAAUGGAGUGGAUCUCGAUUAUAGAGAAUUACAAAAUCCGUCAGUUCGUCUUAACAUUGCAGGAAUUGUAUUGUGUCAGGAUCAACCUUUAGGAAAUGAUCCAUUUAGAGUAAAUCAAAAAAAACUGGACGAAUUUGGUAAAUUUAUGUACAAUCAAGAUCAAUUCAAAUUGGGAAAGGAUUACGAUAUUGCUGUAUUAUUAGGUGCAGAUCCAUUAUUCGAAAAGGGCCUUAACGGUAUGGCAUUUGUGGGAACUGCUUGUGUUAAUAACACUAAUGAACAAAAAAUAGCUUCUACAGCGAUUAUUUUGGAUAAUACUGCCUUUUCUGGAAUAAAUAUAGCUUCACAUGAAUUAGGUCAUUUAUUCGGAGCUCCUCAUGACGGUGUGAAAAAUGAUUCAACAGCGAAGCACUGUUCUUUUUAUGAUGGCUACAUUAUGACCUAUGUCCAUAUUGACGAAAAACAAUAUUACUUUUCCACGUGUUCUAAAAAAAUUAUGUCUAACUAUCUCAGAAGCGAGGGUCCUAAAUGCAUUCGUAAUAAUCCAUUGGUUAAUGAAACUAAUGAACAAAUGUUAAGAAUUUUGCCUGGUAAAUUUAUAACAAUAGACGAACAAUGUCAAAGCCGAGGAUAUCUCCGAGCAUAUGAUGUGAAUCCAGACUCUUGCAAAACCAUACAAUGUAAGGGGUUUGAGCCGUGGGCUACAGAAUUUUCUUUUGCAGCACUUGAUGGAACGCCUUGUUACAUAGGAAAAUAUUGUUUGAGAGGAGAGUGUGUUGAAGUAAAUUUCAACACAACUGAAAAUAAUAAUUAUUUAAAAGAAUUAUUUCCAUCACUUUCUCAACAUCCUACAUUUAGUAAAUCUGCAACAGAGCAGUGCAUAGAAGUGGGAAUAAAAAAAGUUACCUUUGCCUUUUUUUUAAACUGCAUAGUAAUUCUACUUCCUCCUCGGAUGUUUUAGUUGCUCCAUUAGAUGGUAAAACAACUCCCGAUAGCAUUACAAUUAUCAAUAAUGUUGAAUCUGCUGAAAACAUUAAUACUCCUGUUGUUGAAGUUACGACUCCUAUGGUUAAAGUAACUACUCCUGUUGAUGAAGUAACAACCCCGGUUGUUGAAGUUACUACAGCUGUUGUUGAAGUGCCAGUUCAAAAUACAACCGACUAUUAUUAUGAUUAUUAUGAUUAUUCUGAUAUUUUUUAUUGAUGUUAACUUAUUAACGUCUUUAGAAUUAUCCAACCUUAUGUGCUAUGAGUUGCUAUAAGUUACCAAAUAAUUUGACAACAAAUCUUACAAUGAAUGCUCCAAAUGGUUUUCCAUGCAGUAAUAAUGGAGCAAGUUUUCCUUUUAAUUUUCUUCUCGUUUUAAAUUAUAAUUAUUAUAUUGAAAUAUAACAUUUUUUUCAGAUUUGUUAUAAUAAUACUUGUAUCCAUCAAAAUCAAUCUAAGGGAAAAAAUUAAUAUAUAGAAAUUUAAGAAAAAAAAAUAUUUUAAAAAUUAUAUUUAGAAAUUUAUCUUUGCGUAAUUUCUCAUUGUAAUAUUAUUAUACUUAUAUGCGAAUAUGUACUAUUUAAUUUAUUAAAAAAAAUUUGUAAAAUUAAACUAAUUUUUAAUUAAUAAUAUAUUUCAAUAUAAUUAAAUAGUCAAGAUUUUUUUUUAACUACGAAGAAGGUUAAUUUAUUAAAACAUUUGUGUUUACUAUACUAAAUCAAUAUAGGAUCUUUACUAGUUUCAAAAUAUAUUGUUAACUACUUUUAUUUAUUUUACCUAUAAAUAUGUUACAACGAAUGUACUGACAUGGUUAGCACUGCAAUGGUAACCAUUGUUACCAUUUGCAUUUUAAAGAAAAAUAUUACAAUUAUUUAUAAAAAUAUUUAAUAAUUAUAUUGAUAAUAAAUUAGGAUUCUUUAUUUUUAGUUAAUAAAUAAAGUUGUUAAUAUUAAAAA